AUGGGAAAGCCGCCAAGCAUCAUCGUCGUCGUCAGACACGGCGCUCGACUCGACGCGGCCGAUAAACAGUGGCACCUUACUUCGCCCACACCCUACGACCCGCCGCUGACGUAUGGCGGCUGGAAUCAGUCCCGCGCCCUUGGGAUGCGCAUCGGGUCCCUUCUGCACCACCGCGAACUGCACGGAUGCCUCCCACCAUCAUUAUCCUCUGACGGACCGCCGGACGCCGGUCAUUCUAGCCGCCAGAACCAACCAUUAGAGCGUGUGCAGGAGCGGGAAACCCGAAAACAUCGCAUCAUCAUUCAUUCCUCCCCAUUUCUACGCUGUGUCCAAACAGCCAUAUCGCUGAGUGCGGGGAUCAGCCAGUCGAAGCGCGUUUCAACAAACACAUCACCUCACCAACGACACCAGUCCGGUACUCCGCCGCCCACCAACCACCGCCGUUGGCGUUCCACCUCCCCUCGGUCACAGCAUCAGGGUUCACCCCAGUUAACCCCCAUACGGGAACCCCAAGAGGAUGUCGAUGAAGAUAGGCGUGGGAAAGCAGGAGAGGCGCCCGUGGCUGAUGAUAAGCAAUGUCUGCUGCGCCUAGACCCUUGUCUUGGGGAGUGGUUGACGCCGGACUACUUUGAGCAGAUCACUCCACCGCCCGGGUCGGUCAUGAUGCUGGCCGGAGCAAAGGCGAACUUGCUUCGACAAGAGGAUUCCGUACAUUCAGGUUCAGCCGCCCGGUCGGCCCGUGGACAUUUCCCCGGAGGCUGGAAUGGAUUCUCUUCCGGCGGUGGCACAUCAAUCAUGCCGAGCGAUGAGAACGCCCCGCCAGCCAGAACCGCUGGCGCAGAAGACAAGACAGAUCUGCACGGUGCUGUAGCUGAUAAGGCAGCCAACCUACAGGGGUUACCUAAACUGUCGACCUCCUCCCAGUCUCAUAACGACAUCGAAUACAUACCCCCAACCCCUACGUAUGCCAUAUCGCCUUCUGACCCUAUUCCGGCGGGGUACGUAACACACGCUCGGGAUGCUUGUGUCGACGUGGACUUUCAGUGGGACAGUAUGAGGGCUCCCUUGGAUUGGGGGAGUGGUGGAGAGUAUGGCGAGGAGUGGAGCUCUAUGCAUCGCAGAUUUCGGACCGGGCUUGAGAAGAUGGUUAAUUGGUACAAAACUGGCGACUACCGAAAGACAAAGAGGAGGCUGUCUCACAGAGAGGAAUCGCAGAUCAUCUCCGAUGGGGCACCGGGUACAGAUGAAGACGAUGAUACGGAUACCGUGCUCAUCAUCGUUACCCAUGGAGCUGGGUGCAAUGCGAUCAUCGGAGCGCUAACUAACCGGCCAGCUCUUCUCGAUGUCGGCAUGGCUUCAUUAACGCUUGCCGUUCGCAAAGAUUCAGCAGUGGCAGCGGAUGACGACCCUGCUGCUUCCCUCACACCCACCUCGAGGAAGCCUAACUCUAAUGAAAUGUCAGAGGAGUAUCAUGUGAAGCUAGUCAACUCAACAGAACAUCUCCGCGUUGGAAGUAGCAGUUCCGCGCAAUCGCCGUCUCCUAGAGUCAUCCCCAGCUCAAUGUCGUCAUACCGCCAUCGAUUUACGUCUCUGUCCGUUGUGUCCGACUCCCCCGAAAGCAGUUUCUCGAUCGGGCCCGCGGCUCGCAGCUCCAGUUUUAACGGGACUAGUAGAGGGCUACACAAUCCGGCAAGGUCGUUUUCCGGUGACAGACACGCUGUGCCUGGCCUAUGGGGGUCGACUCCUGCUGCCGGAUCUGCUGAGGACAUAAUUCCCAAGUUUGAAGAUUCUAUUGACACCCCAAAGGCCACAGAGGAUUCGUCCGGUCUUGCAAAUGCCAGCAACAAGGCGCCGGACGGAGCACAUCCUCAGCGCACCAGGUCCCAGCAUGGACUAUGGAGUUCACGUAACCGUGAACCAGCCUCGAAGAGACGAUGGACCGUCACAGAACGCGGCAUAUAA